AUAUUUCCAGCUGUUGUGAUUUAGGUCUUGAUCAUACAGUGUGUCCAGCCACCCGUUUAACUUUGCUCUGAAAGUAUCCAGUUACAAACACACAAACACACACAGAAUGAGAGAGAGGUUAUGAGUGUCACUAAAUGACAGGGGCAGGUAGUGCACUGCUCAGAGACCAAAACCAUACAAAUAAAAAGUAAGAGACAGACGAGAGGAAAGCAUGUGUGGAAGGAAAGCUCAACAAUGAGCGACAGAUUCCUCUGAGAGCGCUUCAGAAGUUGACUGAAGGAUACGGGAGUUUCUCCAAAUUCUCAAAAAGGACAUUUCAUCCACACUGAAACAUCUCACCUGAGAUACAAUAACUGAGAGACACGUUACAUUAAAGGCUGUGCUUUAGGCCUGUAUAAUGGCAGAAGCACAUCAGGCCGUGGGGUUUCAAUUCACGGUUACACCUGAUGGUAUCGACCUACAGCUGAGCCGUGAGGUGCUCAAACACAUUUACCUGUCUGGAGUGACAUCAUGGAAGAAACGUGCCAUUCGCUUCAAGAACGGUGUUCUUACAGGCGUAUACCCUGCCAGUCCUUCCAGCUGGUUAAUAGUAGUGAUCGCGAUCAUGAGCACCAUGUAUGCCAGGAUCGACCCCUCUAUGGGCAUGAUCGACAAAAUCAAGACAUCUCUACCAGUCAGUGAAUUUAUGACGGUUCAGACCCAGACGGUGUUCAGUGCCAUCCUGUUUGCCACGGCUGUGUGGUAUUCUGUCAUCCUGCUGAUUCGUUACAUCCUCAAAGCUCUUCUGUCCUAUCAUGGCUGGAUCUUUGAGUCACAUGGCAAAAUGAGCUUCUCUACUAAAGUCUGGCUGAGUCUCGUAAAGCUGUUGUCCGGCCGGCGACCACUGCUGUACAGCUUUCAGGCAUCUCUGCCCCGUCUGCCUGUACCAAGCAUUGAUGAUACAAUCAGCAGGUAUCUGGAAUCUGUUCGACCUCUUCUGGAUGAUGAGCAAUACAAACAGAUGGAGGUUGUUGCUAAUGAUUUCAAAAUGGACCCUGCACCCAAAUUUCAAAAAUACCUGGUACUCAAGUCCUGGUGGGCCACCAAUUACGUGAGUGACUGGUGGGAGGAGUAUAUCUACCUGAGGGGGCGGAGCCCUAUCAUGGUUAACAGUAACUUCUACACUAUGGAUUUACUCUACGUGAUCCCCACACACAGACAGGCUGCGAGGGCUGCAAACGCUGUGCACGCUAUGCUGCAGUACCGGCGUAAGCUUGAGAGAGGAGAACUUACCCCGCUGAGGGCUCUUGGCAUUGUACCCAUGUGCUCUUUUCAAUAUGAGAGGAUGUUUAACACCACCCGUAUUCCUGGCAUUGACACUGAUUUUGUGCAGCACCUGAAGGACAGAAAACAUUUGGUGGUCUACCAUCGGGGUCGGUUCUUCAAGCUGCAUCUCUAUUACGGCGGCCGUCACCUUUGGCCCUCAGAACUUGAGAUGCAGUUUCAGCGAAUACUCGAUGACAACUCUGAACCUCAGACCGGAGAGCUCAAACUCGCUGCUCUUACGGCUGGAAACAGGAUUCCCUGGGCCAGGGCUCGCCUAAAGUACUUCAGUGAGGGCGUCAACAGGGCAUCUCUGGGUGCCAUUGAGGCUGCAGCAUUUUUCCUGACCCUGGACGAUGAAGCACAUGGAUAUGAUCCAGAAAACAUACGAUCUCUGGACCUCUAUGCGAAAUCUCUACUGCAUGGACAGUGCUAUGACAGGUGGUUUGAUAAAUCCUUCAAUCUUAUUGUCUACAAGAAUGGGAAAAUGGGCAUCAACACCGAGCAUUCAUGGGCUGACGCUCCUAUCAUAGGACAAAUGUGGGAGUAUGUUUUGGCCACAGAUUGUUUUCAACUGGGUUAUACUGAGGAAGGACAUUGCAAAGGAGAUGUCAACAAAGGCCUGGCUCCCCCUACCAGACUACAGUGGGACAUCCCAAAAGCAUGCCAGGAGAUAAUUGAAGGGUCGUAUGCAGUUGCGAAGGGAAUUGCUGAUGAUGUGGAUUUUCACGGCUGUUUGUUCAAUGAAUUUGGGAAGGGCCUGAUAAAGAAAUGUCGAACAAGUCCAGAUGCUUUUAUCCAGCUGGCACUGCAACUUGCUUAUUACAGGGACAAAGGUGAGUUCUGUCUCACUUACGAGUCCUCGAUGACACGCAUGUUUCGUGAGGGUCGUACAGAAACCGUGCGCUCCUGCACCUGCGAGUCCACUGCAUUUGUCAGAGCAAUGGAGGACAAAAACAUUAUGAAUGAACAGAGGCUGGCACUCUUUCGCCAAGCGGCAGAGAAACACCAGAACAUGUACCGCCUGGCCAUGACAGGAGCUGGCAUUGACCGCCAUCUCUUCUGCCUGUACGUUGUGUCUAAAGUAAUGGACAUCGACUCGCCCUUUCUCAAACAGGUUUUGUCAGAGCCCUGGCGUCUCUCCACCAGUCAGACCCCUCAACAGCAGCUUAACCUGAUUGACACUCAAAAGUUUCCCGAAUAUGUAGGAGCAGGUGGUGGAUUUGGGCCUGUUGCUGAUGAUGGUUACGGCGUUUCUUACAUCAUUGUAGGAGAAAACCUCAUAACAUUCCACAUUUCCAGCAAGUUGUCCAGUCCAGAGACAGAUUCAUAUCGAUUUGGGCAAAACAUCAAACAAGCCAUGCUGGACAUCAGAUCUCUGUUCAACCAGAAAGAGAAGAAGAUUUAAAGGCUUCAGUGUUGGGCAGAUGAAAGCACAAACAAAUUAAGGGGCGGUUUCCCGGACAGGGAUUAGACUAAAAUAAAUGUAAGAGCUGUCCAAACUGAAAACAACUUGCACUGACAUAUCUUAAAAUACAUCAGUGCCCUUUGUUUUGCCUCAAAAUGCACACAAGUAAUGUUUUUAGUAAGGCAUGUUUGUUCAAACUAGUUAUAUUUCAGAAUUAAACUAAGGUCUAGUCCAGGUUUAAGGUAAUCCCUGUCUGGAAAACCACCCCUGAGUUUUAUUUUUUAAAGCACUUUUCACCUAGAAAGUUUUUCCAACAGCAGACGACUCCGGGCCAGAUCUAUGCCACACUGCAAAAAAAUGAUUUUCAAGAAAAAAAAUUAUCCGUAUUUUUGUUUUGUUUUCAGUAAAAAUAUCUCAAAAUUCUUAAAUUAAGAUGCUUUUUCUUGAUAAGCAAAACGACCCAAAAAAAUAACUAUAUAGUUUUUAGACCAAAAAUAUCAAAUUUAAGUCAUUUUGUGCAUAAAACUAGCAAAGAAAAUUUGCCAAUGGGGUAAGCAAAAAAAAAUCUUGAAUAUUUUUCUUAAACAAUAAAUUAAAGAAAAAUUUGCUUACCCCAUUUGCUUGUUUUAUGCACAAAAUCACUUAAAUUUGGAUAUUUUUGGUCUAAAAACUACACUUAUUUUCUUGGGUAGUUUUGCUCAACAAGAAAAAGCAUCUUUAUUUAAGAAUUUUAAGAUAUUUUUACUGAAAACAAGACAAAAAUACUAAGAAAAUAUUUUCUUAAAAAUCUGUUUUCUUGACUAGUAUUCUUGUCUUGUUUUCAGUGGAAAUAUCUAAAAAUUCUUAUAUUAAGAUGCUUUUUCUUGAUGAGCAAAAUGACCUAAGAAAAUAAGUCUAUAGUUUAUAGACAAAAAAUAUACAAUUUAAGUGAAUUUGUGCUUAAAACAAGCAAAAUUAUCUGCCAAUGGGGUGAGAAAAAAAUCUAAAAAUAAGUUUUCUUUUUUCUUAAACCCUUAAUUUAAGCAAAAUUUUCUCACCCCAUUGACAGAUAAUUUAGCUUGUUUUAAGCACAAAUUCACUUAAAUUUUAUUUUUUUUUGUCUAAAAACUAGACUUAUUUUCUUAGGUCAUUUUGCUCAUCAAGAAAAUACAUCUUGAUUUUAAGAAUUUUUAGGUAUUUCUACUGAAAACAAAACAAAAAUACUAAGUAAGAAAGUCAUUUUUUGCAGUGAAGUCAGCAGCUCCGGUCUGGAGUCAUCUGCUGUCUGGGAUUGCAUUGGUAUCAAGUUACUCUGCAUGUAAAACAUUUAAAUGUGAAGAAUGUAUUUUCAAAUUCAUAUUUUUAAGCACUCCAACCUGUCUAUAAACCUAUUUGGUUGAUUUUCAAACCAAAGCAUCACAUUGUACCUUUCAGGAAAUGGGUUUACACUGCAAAAAAUGAUUUUCAAGAAAAAAUAAUUUUUACUGAAAACAAGAAAAAAAAAAAAAAAACAUUUUUUCUUGAAAAUAAUUUGUUGCAGUGUAUGAGUGUGUCUGCAAAGUAGGUUGAAUUUAUAAAAGCAUUUUAGCCUAAAAAAUUACAGCAUCUUUUUAAUUUAAUGACAAUAUGAAUAGCGUGCAUCUCCGAAAUAUGAUUAUGAUUGAUAAUUAGUGUUGAUAAUGUUCAAAAUAAUAUUUUAUUGUAAAUACCUAUUGAUUUUGGCAUGUAUGGUUUCUUUUCAUGGCUGUAAAUAUUUAUUUUGUGCACAUUUGUUUUUAAAAUAUUGAUUUAACCUGUAUAAAGUAAAAGUU